AACUUCCUGUGUAAUGCACUAAACUGCUCCUGAAUUGUUUGCGGGAACGCGGAAUAAAAUUAUUCCGGUUUGUAUAUAUAUAAGAGAGUACAUAUUAUAUAUGCAUAGACAUUAUUGAAAAUAUAAAAAUUUUCUUGUCGACUGUAAAAAUAAUAUGCGUAGAUUGAGCAUGAAAACCAAGCGUAGCAAAUCUGAAACUAGUGGUAGCGAUUCAGAGGAAAAUGGCGUCAGGCAUUUAACCAUAACCGAUAAUAACGACGAAAUGAAGAAAGGAAAGGAAAAUAAGAAUACGGAAUCGCAACGCAGAGGUACAGCGAAAAAGCGCCAGGCUCGUACCCGUCAUAGUCAAAAAGAAACAGCUGAAGAUUCUGCUCUUAAUUCUGAAAUAGAAGAUACUCAAGCUGCAGAUACGGGAGAAGAAAAUAAGAAUGUCGGAAAAGCUGGACCGAGCAAGAAACUUAAAAAAGAGAUUCAAAAGGGCUCUGCUUUAACAAAGCAAGACGGAAACAAUGAAAAAGAGUAUGAGGUACAGAAAAUUGUAGGUCAACGUACCAUUAAAGGUCGACGUCAAUUUUUGGUGAGAUGGAAAGGAUAUGACGAAAAUUCUGAUACAUGGGAACAAGAGAAAGAUCUGAAUUGUUUAGAAUUAAUAGAAGAGUAUUUAGCUGAAAAUGCAGAAAAUGAAGAAGAUCCUAAUUCAAAGCAGUUGGAUGGUUCUACAAAGACGUCCAAAAAUAAAGUAACGAAAGUAGAUAAAAAAUCUAAAAAACCGAAGAAUAAUGUAAAGAAACAAACAGAAAAUGGUAAACAAAUAACAUUAUCAGAUGAAGAAAAAAGUGGGAAGGAUGAUCAAAAAGAAUUUGAAGUUGAAAAAAUUAUAGAAGUACAUUUUAAAAAAAAUAAAACAAAAGAAUUCUUAAUUCGUUGGAAAGGAUUUACAUCAGCAGAUGAUACAUGGGAACCAGAAGAAAAUUUAAAUUGUCCAGAACUAAUUGCUAAAUUUAUGCAAAAAGUGGAAAAAGCCAAAACUACCGAAGCACGUGAACUUCGAGCAAAUCGUCCUCAUACAAAAAGAUAUACAUUAACUACACAUGAACCUGGAAGAAGAUUAUCUCGACGAAAUAUGGACAAACAAAGAGCUACUUACCAUGAAUGUGACGAAUAAGUGAUUGCAGAACAGUUGAAUAAUUAUGAUUACAGAAAAUUUACACAUAUAUGUUAAUGCAUAUACAUAUGUGUGAUUUGCUUUUU